GCCCCUUCCACCCCUCUCUGCUCCCUCCCUGCCCCCUUCCUUUCCUCCCCUCCCCUUUAUCUCACCUUCACCCCCUUUCCUCCUACACCCCUCCCAUGUCCCCACCCCCUGCCCUCAGUCCUCCUUCCUCCUGUUCCCCACAUCCCACCUCUCCUUUCCCCCUCCUUGUAGGCCCUCUUUCUCCUCAGCCCCCCUCCCCCCGCCUUUAGUCUCCUACCUCUCCUACAGCCUCCUGCCCCUACCUCCUCACAGCCCCCUACUUACCCUACUGCCUCCCUCCUUGGGCCCCUUCCUCCCCAAGGGCCCCUCUGUUUUCUCCCAUUCCAGCCCCUGACCAGGCCCUGCUCCUCUGCUGGGGUCGGCCCCACACAGUAAGCUGCCUGGGAGCCAUCAUUGCCUUCCUGGGCAACCCGGCCAAAGGCCCCCCGAGCAGCUGCAGCCCUGGAGGUCAGCCUCACCCUGGCAGACCGCAGGGGCCCCUCCUCACCGCCGACCUCUGCACCUUCACCCGUUUGCCUGGUGUCUGAGGAAGGGCCCGCAGGAAGAGCAUUCCUUUCCCAGGGUCUUCCUCAGGAGGGAUGAGAGGAAGCAAAAGCUUGGUCUGCAAACGGGCUGGUCCUCCCGACGGCCACAUCCGCAGGAAUGACCCUCAGAGGGGCUCCCCAACUGGCUGGGAGAUUCGUCCAGCUGGGCGCUCUGCUACACAGCCCCGUCAAGGGCAAACAGAUGACAAAACUGAGACACAAAAGAUGAAUCAGCUUGGCAGUGUUCACAGAGCCAGCGUGUGGAAAAGCCAGAAUCCAGACCCAGACCCGAACUGCAGCGUCCCGGCUCUUACCCCUAACCAGCCACUGCCUCUCAGCUUAGUGCUCUUCCACCCGGCUUUUCUUUCUAAAAACACCCUGUUUUUUUUCCCUCCCUUCUCCCCAUCCCAUGAUGGAGCAUUCUGCGCCAAAAGCCAGCUUUCACUCUGCAGGGCAACGUGGAGAGGGAUGGAAAGCCUAGACCCCUUAGCAGGGUCACCUGAACACAAGCUGAGUGUGGCGUAUCAGGUGGAAGCCCAGGAGGGAAGAGCCAGCGGCACAGUUAUCUCCCACCACCCCACAUGCUCCGGCCGCCAGCUCUGGUCUGACCGACGCCUCGGAUGAAGAACUCCAAGCAGCCCCCCAUUCGUACUGUUUUCCUCAGCGAACUCCCAGGGAUCACCUGCUUUUUAUGUGUGACGAAUGUUGUCAGUUUUGUUUGCUUUUGACAGCUCAUUAUGGGUCCAUGAGGUCAGAGUCCUGGCUGAAAGGCCAGAAGUUUAGGGAGCCUAUCUCCAGCUGAUACUCGCUUGCUUAUUGACCAUCUUUGGGCUUCUGUUCUUUCCCAGUAACAUAAAGCUUGUAUGAUUCUGACCUCUGGCACCGAUGCAUUAUUUAAUCAACAUUUAUUGGGGCUCUCUCCAUGCCAGGCAUGUGGUAGGCCCUAGCAGGGCAGGGGUAAAAAACCGCUGCAAUCCUGGCCUUUCAGGAACUCAGUCUAGAGGGAGAAAGAAAACGCCUGAGGCCAGCAGGGCUCUCUCUGAUCUGCUUCUUCUAUUUCAAGGCUGUGCUUUUAACUAUAUUGAAUUUCCCAGUUAUUAUAUCUUCUUAAUGAAUUGUUGAUUUUAUCAGAAUGGAAUGUCCAUCCCACUUUGACCCUUGUAAUGCCUUUUACCUUAAAUUCUAUUUUAUUCUGCCCGUCACUAGGGGACUAGUUGAAUCAGUUAUGGUAUAUCCUCACAAUGGAGUACUAUGCAGUUGUGAAAAAUAAUGAGGGCCAUCUUUACGUGCUGUUAUGGAGUGAUUUCCAGGAUAUAUAGUUAAGAUGGAAAAGUAGGAAGGAAAAAAUAUGUAUUGUAUGCUACUGUUUAAGAAAGACAAGUAUUCAUCU